CGCCAAUCAAACAAAGCGCACAGUACCUCUUUAAGAUGUUGACACAUACUUCGAGAUGCUCGAAGAUGAUAAUUAAUACUCGCAAGUGUCAAGAAGGGGCUACGCGCAACAGUGGGCGAGCUCUGAGCCGUCCAUUCCACAGGAAAACGAGGCUGGGUCGAUCAGACCUGACACCCAUCUAAAUGGGGAAUCUCAGACUCGAGAAACUAACGAGCGAAGAGGGUUCGAGCUGCGUGCGGCAAUGCAACCUAGCGGGUCUGAUUUUUUUGAGUCUUUGUUCUCCACUUGACAUACGGACAGUAUCGAGCACAGGUACUCAGCCACAUGCAAUGGCGUCAAUGACCCCCUUUGUCAGGCAAUAUUCUGGAAAGCUGCCCCGAUAAGAUCAUUUGUAGUCUUCAUCAGCACCGUUCGCGAAAAUCGAGGAAUGAACUUAUCGACACCACCGUCUCCGGACAGGCAGACCAUGCUAUAUUCUUCCCAUCUACACGGAAUGGAGCGCCCAGUGCAAUUUUUCAAGUCUUUUAUCCGCGUGACUCCUCGGGCUCCUGAUAAGCCGUUAUCACCAGUACUUGUGAAGCCACCGCUGCAGAAGCACACAUCUUCGUCUUCGAUAAUCACUGUUCAGUCUCGAAGUACCGGCUUGUCUUUGUGGGAGUCACCCUCAAAUUGGGACAACGGCGAAGGCUCACAAGCUCAGUCUACACCCCCUCUCGCCCUUCGAAAAUACUCUCCCAUCAUACCCGAGCCGCCAGAAGAUAUUGCAGCUAUGCAAGCGGAUCCUGUUCUGUGGCAGCAGAGUAAUGGUUCUUUUCAACAAACUCCGCUAGAUCCCAUACACGAACAAAGCGCUGCAACCCCUGACAUACCACCUCGUAAUCCCUCGAGGUUAUCACUGUCAUUGUCAGACCCAUCUUCGACGAAAAAUAACUCCAAAGACACUCUGCCAUCAACCAGCUCAAGAUAUUCAACCAACACAAAUGAUGAUGGACGGCCAGAGGAGCGCUUCGAUGAUACCGACCUACCCUCGCCUCUUGGUCUUGUCUCUGCACUUUCAGAUGUAACGAUGAAAGAGAGAGCGUUCAACUGGCUUGAUUUAGGCUCGCCAAGAGAUCAGGGAAUCGUAUGGGACGGCCCGCAUCAACGCUCAGACUCUGUGAAACGCGAGGAAGACUCUCCUCUAGAUCGCCCUGCUAGUCCGGAAGGGCCCGAAAUGAGCGAAAAAAUGCAAGCCUUGGACUUUGCUCAAGACUGUCGCAGCGUUCUUGCGGAUUGUUCAUUUGAUGGCCGUGAGGAGCUUGUGCUGCCAAGAACACCACCAAAAGACCGAGAUCUGACUCCGGAACCACUGACAUGGAAUAAACCAGUUGGCUCGCCUACUGGUGAAUCUCUGCAAAGGCCCCAGUUGCCACCUACAGCGUCGUUGGGGCGAUACAAAAAUAUCAGAAAGAUGAGCUCCUGGGUCAAUCAUCAUUUGGGGAAAGAGUUUCAAGCUGAUAUCAACCAAAGAUCCACAAGCGAUCCUGGAGUCCGAUCACAUAAGCAGGUCCUUGAGUCUGAGGUUGAUCGAUACGUGAGGCACGACGCCAGUCUUGCAAACAUCGUUCAACACGGUAAAGAUCUCCUGUCUCGCAGGACUUUGCGCAAAGACUCCACGCCCAGAAAGCCUAUUGUCAUCUCGCUGUCACAGUCACAACAAUUCGGUUCAGCACCACAGGAGCCUUUGAUAUCUACUGCCCCGUUUGAAAUGGCAACGCCUGUAUUCCGCCUCCCAGGUGGCCUUGCGAUAGUGCGACAGUCACCUUUGCCUACUCCAAGACCGCAAACUGCUGGCGAUUUACCCUCAUCACCCUUCUCAGAUUUAUCCUGGCCCGACUUCCCUGUCUCGUCGCCGUUCCGCCGCGACUACUCGCGUCGUAGUUCAUGUCAUAGUGCGACCUCUCAUCAACAGAAACAACAGAGCAAUAACCCUUUUGCUGCCAUCAAACAUAAAUCCUCGUCAUCCAUGGGCUCAUCUCUAGUCCUUCGCUCCUUUUCCUACUCAACAACGUCGCUUGCCACUUCACAACCGCAAGAGGAUCCCUUAUCGCUAUACAGUCCACCUCAGCCCCGCCGCCGCUCGCACAACGUUGGAUCGCCACUUACGGUACCUCCGUCAUCACAUUCGUAUGCGAUUGAGCGUCAGAUCGACGGGGAAGAGGGCAUAAUCUAUAAGCUGAAUCUGUUUGAGAAGGCAAAGAAUGCCCGUGAUACAUGGAAGAAAUCGCUGAAGUAUGCCAGGAACGAGAAGCUCAAGCAGAGUAUAAAGCUAAUCGGACCGGCUGAUGUCAAGGAUGUGGCAGGAUACAUCGAGUGUGCUGUCCAUGGAAGGCAGAGUGGAGAUAGUGGCGUUGGAGUUAACAAGUUGCCUGAGCAGAUGGUAAAGGAGGUGAGCUGAUUGUGCAAAUGGAUAAUGCAGGUCGCGCUAUCUGAAGAAGUGCGUUGCUAAUUAGACGGAGUGUCAUGAUUAAUGAUCUGGGAAUAUGUUGAAGACAUUUGGCCCAUAGUCUUGAAUUACUCCACGACUGCUCUAGUCGUAGCUAGACUGUUGAGUUGGUGAGGACGAGUUACUUGGACAAACCGAGGAAGAGUUGAAGUAGGUCUACAUUGCUU